AUGCGGAGAAUUCUCAGACACACGGGUCUACUGCAAGCCGAGUACACUGUGGAGGAGGUCACCGAGGCCAGCCGGCGAAUCUACCAGCGCUGGCCAUCGUCGGUGGCGCUGGAGCAGGUUCAACUUGCGGAAGUGCAUCUGGCGAUUUACCCGCGUGGCUUCUUCCACGAGAGGAUGCCUCCUCACAACAUUGAGGCUAUGAAGAACUUGUUCGAAACGGUCGGCAUCAUGGAGACCCAGGUCGACCAUGCCUAUGGUGCGCUGCAGCACAGAGAGGCUCAGCAGGAGCUGCGCAAGAAGACCCUGGACUUCUGCCUGGUCCCCUACUUGGCAUCUUUGGUGGUCCUGGUUGCGAACGAUCCGGAGAACCGCGAGGAGUAUCUGGAGCAGCUGUGCUCGCUUGUCGGUGCUGACCGCCGACCCCACUGGGCUCUCCUGCUGUUGCUCUCUUCCCUGCACUAUGCCGACGAGGUUGCAGAGCUCCUGGUGAGCACGCUGGAGGCCCAUGGAGCUGGCUCGUGUGCUGUGGGCCCUCGCCAUGUGAACCUGGCCCCCGCCGCUGUGGAGAGCAGAGGCGGCCGAGCAGCGCCCUCGAAAGUGCGGGCGACACUUUGGACCGGCCACGUCUUCGCCUUCGACGGACUUGUUGCCAGCUGGGAAGCAGCGACUUCCAUGGGCCUCGAGUGGGAAGGAGCAAUCCUGAACUAUGACCUGGCGACGAGGUGGCCGGCUGCACGAGAGCAAUGCGAGCAGCUUCAGGACCUGCUUGGCCUCAAAAGCCCACUGUGCCGGCGUUCUUCAGUGGAAGACCUGGUGCAACAAUGCACUGAGAAAGGCAUAGGCACGCAGUCUGGGUGCUCGGUACACGAUGUGCGGAGCGCCAUCGACAAGCUCCAUAGGGAGGCGGCGGUUCUACGCGAUGCUGAUCUACUGAUCUGCGGCUAUCCCUACGCAUUGUGCGCCAUCUUCGGCACCUCUCAACAACUGCAGCACCUCCCGAUGCUGGUACUUGUCCACGGAGCUGGGUCCAUGACGGAGUACGCCGACGACUCCCUCACCCCCUGGAUUCUGCAGACUUUCAAGCGCUGGAUGGCUGCGCCCACAAAGACCACCGAUGGGAAGGCCCUUCGGAAAGUCGUCUUCAAUGAUCGCAUGGACGUGGUCGUGGCAAGAGUGGCGUUCGGAGAAGCGUCGCAACCCCAGCUUGUGGAGUUCCCCGCCCGGUACGUGCUACAACUGGCCGGGGGUGUUCAAUGUCAUCGUCGCAUGCGGGAGCCUGGAUUUCGACAGCUCUUGCUGUGGAGGAGCCAGUCUACGUUCCCAGCGCAGACGGCCCUCAUGAUAGAGCGAGUCUUCGCGGGAGCGUUGCGCGGCCGGCGUUGGACAGUCGAGCAGAUGCAGGUGUCGGAAACACGGGAAUUCCGGUACGAGGAGCUCCAGAACUUCUCGGCGGUGCUGCAGAUCCCGUGGGAUUUCGGGCUGGUGUCGUUUCAAGAAGUUAUUGCUCUCGGCAUACCGGUGCUGAUGCCCAGCAACCACUACAUGCACACGUUGGUAACCACCGUCUUCCUGUCCAGGGCCAACAUGACGGAGUGGAACCUCAAAUGGAAAAGGCGGUACUUGCAACUGGCGCCCGACUUGUGGGCGGGCUGGGAGCCUCCCCCCUCCAACAUGACGCUGGGGAUCUCGGAGAG